AGUCCUCAAAUUUUUCUCCACCAAAUCAAUUUAGAAUGUCUGAUAGCGAUAGCUCCAAGCAGCUCGGCGGCUAUGUCGGCUUUGCCAACCUGCCCAACCAAGUCCACCGAAAGUCCGUCAAGAAGGGCUUCGAGUUCACCCUGAUGGUUGUCGGCGAGUCUGGCCUCGGCAAGUCCACCCUUGUCAACUCUCUCUUCCUUACCGACCUGUACAACGAGCGCGAGUACCCUAGCGCGGCUGAGCGCAUCGAAAAGACGGUCAAGGUCUCGUCGACCUCGGUCGAGAUUGAGGAGAAGGGAGUCCGCCUGCGCCUCACCAUCGUCGACACUCCCGGCUUCGGCGAUGCUGUCAACAACCAGGACUCGUGGGCCUCCAUUGUCACCUUCAUUGACGAGCGCUUUGAGGAGUUCCUCAACGACGAGCUCCGCGUCAACCGCACCAAGACCAACGACAACCGCGUCCACUGCUGCCUCUACUUUAUUGCUCCCAACGGCCACGGCCUCAAGCCCCUGGACAUUGAGUUCAUGAAGCGUCUCCACAAGAAGGUCAACAUCAUCCCCGUCAUUGGCAAGGCCGACACCCUCACUGCCGACGAAAUCAAGUCCUUCCGUCGCCAAAUCCUCUCCCAGAUUGCCGAGAACGACAUUAGCAUCUACCAGUUUGCCACCGACUCGGACGACGAGGAGGAUGCCAUCCGAGAGGCCCAAUCGCUCCAGGCGUCCGUUCCGUUCGCCGUCGUCGGCUCCAACACUGUCCUCGAAAUUGGCGGCAAGAAGGUCCGCGGCCGCAUGUACCCGUGGGGCAUUGUUGAGGUUGAGAACGAGGACCACUGCGACUUUACCAAGCUGCGAAACCUCCUCAUCCGAACGCACAUGCAAGACCUGAAGGACAACACGAACGACGUUCUCUACGAGAGCUACCGUGCCUUCAAGCUGACCGGCAUGGGCGGCAGCCUCCCCGGCGGCGACAAGACCCUUGCCAAGUUCGAGGAAGAGAAGCGCGAGCACGAGCAGAAGAUGGCCAAGAUGGAGGACGACAUGCGUCAAGUUUUCCAGAUGAAGGUUGCCGAGAAGGAGCAAAAGCUCAAGCUCUCCGAGCGCGAGAUGCAACAAAAACACGAGGACGAGGUUCGCCGACUUGAAAAGCAAAAGAAGGACCUCGACGAGAAGAAGCAGCAGCUCGAGAACGAGCGCAAGGAGUUUGAGGCCGCCAAGAACACUCCCAAGAAGGACAAGAAGGUGUCCAAGAUUUUCUAAGCGAUCUUCCCACCCCCCCUUUUUGUUUCUACUUGAAACCUAAAUGACAAAGACUGAAAGAAAACAGUGCUCCUGUUCCACGCAUUGUUAUUUUUCUUUAUCACUCGGUUUUUUUUUUAAAAUUUUUUGCUGUUUUUUGUUUUGCUGCCUCAGCUCGAUUGUUGUUGUUGUUCUUGUAUACUUUGCUUGUCCGAGUAUCUUUUUUUCUUUGUUUUGUUUGCAUGUUCCUUGUCCAUUCAAUGUGAAGAAAUGUGAAUGAUUGAUCUCU